UCCAUCCCCUCAUCUGAGGACGCGAGGAGGCCUAGAUGAUUUAUAAUAUCCCUUCCCACCUGGGAAGGCUGCAGUCCUUUAGACUCUAUCUAGGGUCCUGGGCCUAGUUGCUAUUUAACGCUCUCUGAACACCCCGUUGUUCGCAUCUGGUGAGCUCCGCCUGGUAAUGUAUGUGGUAUCUGCAUGUCCGUGGGUUUUUGUUUGGGUGCGCGUGUGUUUUCCGCCGUCUCUCUGAGGAUGGCCUGUGCUCACCGUCUUCCCUUCUGCAGGUGAUGGUGGUGGAUGGGGACUCUGGCAUGGUCGUUUGGAGUUACAGCGCUCCGUGUCACAUGGAAGAAACCCCGGCCACCUCAGCAGCCGCCGUGGACCAGAAGUCUGUCUUCCUCUUCUGGGCUGGAGGGCUGUCAGCUGCGUCGCCCGAUCCUGAUGUCGUCCUGGGAACCGAGCCACCCAGCCUUCACCACCUGUACCUCCUGCAUCCAGCCUUCCCCUCCAUUCUUCUGGAUCUGGCCAAUGCCACCGGCACCGUGACGGCUUCAGAGGUUGGGAUCAACGACCUCUGGAAGGAUGCCUUUUAUGUUACCAGGACAACAGGGCCAAGCUCUGAAGGGCAUCCAGCACCCCUGGUGGUCAGUAAGCUUAGUCUGCGGUGGGCACUGAUGGAGGGCCAAGUGGUCCAGCUAAAGGAGACGGCCCCCAAAAUUGGCCGCGGGGAGCUGCGAAGAUUCCUCUCUAGGAUAAAGUUCGUUGGCUCUCCAUACCAGAUCUAGGCUGCUGGACUCCUCAGUUGCAGAAGAAGUGAACUGAAUGGUACUGUCUCUCUCCGGCCGGAGAGGACGACCUCUGUCACCCCCUCCACCACGUCUGCGUCAAUGUUGCCAGACACUUUGGAAGGCACUUGGAGGUCUUGGACAACAGCACGAUCCGUUUGGCUGGGGUGCUGCCCUUCCAACCCCCUAAUUAACCCCUUCUAGGUGUUCGGUGUGGAUAGUUUGGAAGUGUGAACCUUGUGUUAUUUUUUGUGUGUCUAAUUUAUGAACCCUUGCUGGGAACUUCCAGUGAAGUCCUUCCCCGGAACGUUUUGUUGUGCGUUACGCCCUGAGUGUGUAUCUGUUGGUGUGGUGAUGAAACCUUCUCUAGAUAAGUAUGUCCUAAGCUCCAGGGACCCCGGUUCUCAUCUGUCCGAAACACAUCUGGUUGGUUUGGGCCUCUUGAGACUCCCAGAUAGCCUACCUCUGACUUGGAGGGCCCCUCAGCAUUUCUCCCCUUCGUCUCCCCCUGCCUGUCCCGUGGCUGCAGUAGCGAGAAAGACUGACACGAGGAUGGCGCGAGCCACCCGGAAUCCUCAUCUCUUCCUUGUUUUGUGGCUCCUGUCUCCUCUCUCCUCACAUGUCCCUUUGCUCUGUAUUCAGUGACCAUAACAAAAACCCUGUUCCUGUCAGAAGGGGAGCAGGAGAAGUUUCAACGCCCCACCUCUGACAAGGUCCAUAGGUUUUGACGUGGUUCGGGUAGUUCUUCCAGUCACGACCGUUUUUACCGUGGGCACUUCGGACGUGCUUCGGUGUGCGCCGUCCACAGCUUAGAGGAAAACUCAAGUCGGGAAUGCCUGAGGCUGGCAGCCUCAUCCCCUUCAUCUCGGCCCUGCUUUCUCAGCCUCUCCUUUUGCUCUCUUUUAUUCAGGGAUAUUUUUGCUUUGCUUGCAUGAGAGCAAAGCUGUUUCUGGACUUUGGCUCCUUGAGUCCAGCAUGCAACCAUUCUGCCCUGUACCCUCCCUUCCUUGUAGAGCCUUUGAAGCAGAGUAUUUUGAGAAUAUGUCUGUGUAAAUACUAUAGCUUUUAUGAAUGGAGAAGUUCUUUGCGAUUAUCCCCAGAGCUUGCUUCUUCCUUCUCCUGUAUGGAUAUGUUACUUUAUCAGGUUCUCCCCUAACCUUCUAGGUCAUUGUUUCUAUUUUGAGAAAAUCUCUGUGUAAAUACUAUAGCUUUUAUAAAUGGAGAAGUUCUUUAGAAUUAUCUCCAGAGCUUAUUUCUUCCUUCUUCUGUAUGAAUACGUUACUUUAUCAGGUUCUCCCCUAAACUUCUAGGCCAUUGUUCCUAUUUUGAGAAAACGUCUAUGUAAAUACUGUAGCUUUUAUAAAUGGAGAAGUUCUUUAGAAUUAUCUCCAGAGCUUAUUUCUUCCUUCUUCUGUAUGAAUACGUUACUUUAUCAGGUUCUCCCCUAAACUUCUAGGUCAUUGUUUCUAUUUUGAGAAAACGUCUAUGUAAAUACUGUAGCUUUUAUAAAUGGAGAAGUUCUUUAGAAUUAUCUCCAGAGCUUAUUUCUUCCUUCUUCUGUAUGAAUACGUUACUUUAUCAGGUUCUCCCCUGAACUUCUAGGCCAUUGUUCCUAUUUUGAGAAAAUGUCUAUGUAAAUACUAUAGCUUUUAUAAAUGGAGAAGUUCUUUAGAAUUAUCUCCAGAGCUUAUUUCUUCCUUCUUCUGUAUGAAUACGUUACUUUAUCAGGUUCUCCCCUAAACUUCUAGGUCAUUGUUUCUAUUUUGAGAAAAUGUCUAUGUAAAUACUGUAGCUUUUAUAAAUGGAGAAGUUCUUUAGAAUUAUCUCCAGAGCUUAUUUCUUCCUUCUUCUGUAUGAAUACGUUACUUUAUCAGGUUCUCCCCUGAACUUCGAGGGCAUUGUUUAUAUAGCAGAGAAUCCCACGUUAGCUGGGGGAGAACCAACCGCUGUUCUUCUCGAAUAAUUUUGAUAGGUCAACCCUGAGGGCACUCGGGCUCUCUCUUUACUUGAGCCCGUGUCUUUUCAGCUUGUGUUACUAAAGAGAUUCCAGCACAUCGGGAAGCCAGAUUUAAAGGGGUAUGUCUGAAUUGCCCACCGGUAGGCGUUGUGACGUACCCGAAGGUUGGUAGCCAGAGCUGUAAGCAGGCCUGUUGCCUGGCCUGUAGACUGGCCUCGCCAGGUUUCUGCCCCCUUCCUGCCCCCCUCCCCGCCUGAAAUCCCUGAAAGCAGAUUUGGUUUCAACACUCUGGAAGGCACGUGUGGGUCCAGCUUAUUGCGAACUUGGGAGAACAAUUAGGAGACCCCCAAGAGUAUGGGAUUGAUUCCAGGUUCACUUCUAGGGUUUGAAUCUGCCUGGGUAGAAGGGCGUGGGAUCUAGUUCAGUCUAAUAGAGAAUUCUCGGCACUGAUGCAUGGUCAGCCGAGUACCUGAAGCCUGAGUGGCGGCCUGGGCUGGGCCCCCUCGUUCUCUACCACGUGGAGGCUUCAGCGCUGCCAGCCGCCUCAGGCAGGAGUCAAAUGCAAAGUUGUUGGCGGAGGAUCUGGUUUGGGAGGACUGUUCGGGGCAGGAGACUAUAUUUAUGCUGGGUGAGUCCCAGAAACACCUAAGCAGCAGCUAGGGAAAACAGCGCCCCUAAAUUCUUUGUGGUGUGUUCGCAGACUAACUUCACGUAGAUUGUUUGGGCUCUGAUCAGUCUGAAUCUCUCUUGCUAACCACAGGACACAAGCUCUAGGUUUCUUCUUCCUCCUGCAGCCAGUACAGGGGGGGCAAAUGGUGGCUGAAGAUGGAGGAAGCCUCACCUGAUCGGUGUGGGUGCUGGUCUCUUGUCAAAUGUGUCCCUAAACUUCCUUCUCCUCGCAGGCCACCCCCCAGCCAGACGUCAGCCCCUUUUGGGGUUGCCAGCAGAGCCAAUCAAGCACUACUUAGAAAGAGUAUUGACUUCAGUGAAUGCCGGGGUGUUCCUUCCCGCAGUCUCUCCUCUUUCCUUCCCGCGCAAGCCCUCUACCCUAGACGACGUCCUCCCCACCCCCAGAGGGACUCUGCUCCCCCUUCUAGUGUGGUCACCCCCCCUUCUAAUGUGAAUGGCCGCCCUCAUUGCCUGUGUUAAAGAAGAGCCAGCUGGUACGUUUUCAGGAAGCACUGUUUAAAAUGUGAAUCGUUACAGAACAAAUAAACACCGUGUA